GAGCAGCUUCCUUCCCACUGACAGUGAAUCCCAAGACUCUGCCAGGAUAGACUUCAGUCUUCAGACACGCUCUUGAAGUUCAAAAAGACAGCGGCUUUGAGUUGCUACUUGGGGGAGAAGGAGUAGGGACAAUGGCCGCCACCGCGGGGAAUCUCGCAUGCAAGGUUGCUCCCCUUGAUCCAAGCCAGUUUCAGAAAGCAGCUUCACAAGAAGCACGUUUGAUAGGAGUGGUGCAACAGCCUCUCUGCGUGCAAUGCAGGGUCCGCUUGUUUUCAGGACCGGCGGGACCAAGACAAGUCUCUGCACAGUCGAAAAGCACCUCAGUUUACGUAUCGAAAGGGGCAGACUAUACGGCAUUGUUUGGGAAGGACUCAUCUUCGAAACGGGGCGUUGCAUUGCGGCUAGGAUUGCAGGUUAGAAGAGGUUUGAGACCGCGGCGGUCAGUGAGAGUACAGGCGGAAGAACCAAGCGAUGCAGAGAAGGAGGUACAAGCGAAGGAAACUCUGCUGAGGGAUGCGCUGGAGGAGAAGAGCAAGAAGGGCGAGGAGAGCAAGCCAGAAGCAGGCUUCAAAGUUGAAAAUAGGCAACAAGUGACUGCUAUUGUCACCGGCAUCAUAUCAGUCGUCUUAGCCUUUGGGUACCUAUCACUGAUAUCCCUUGACUCCCGUGGGGUAAACCUGAUUCCACCACCUCCGGAAGCUCUUGGAGAAUGAGUUGCAACAUAACUACCUGGUUGUUGGACCAACCAAAGCAGUUUUGAUAAAGUCGUGUUGCUUGAUACCUAGUACUCCAUUGUGAUCUAACAUCUGCGACGGUAAGGUCUUAGGCGUGUUCAAAUGAUGCCCCUUCAGAAUCGAGGUUAUGGGUCUCUCAGGCACGUACACCAAGAAGCGGUCGUGCCGGGUGUUAUUGUCUUGGUCAGCGCCGUGACCAAAGCCAUCGAUUAAACUUUGUCGUUUCAAAGAUACAUAUUGAGCGAAAUAGUGCUAGGUGAAUGUAGCGCGAACUGACAUGGGUCAGAUCAGGCCGGUUUAGCACUGCAGCUCUUAGUAAGGUCAAGCGUGCCGGUGAUACCCUACUUUGCAUCAUGAUUCUAGCGCGGCUGCUCGGCGGGUACGACGCGCAAAGAACCUAACUACCAAGCUGAGCUUGACUGCCA